GUCAGCUUGCGCAUGUCGACAGAGCACUCGCAACGAAUUCGCCAAGCGUGGAACGACAGUGUGCCGUGGGCGUACCUGGACCCUGUCCAUCAAAACGUUCCUUUGGACGUGCGAGACGCCAGCCUCCGCCCACCGCCUCCACGGGUGCCAGCCACGUUCGACAUCUUCAUUGGCAUUGCCAACUUCCGCGACGGCCCUCGCUGCGGCUUUACGUUGUUCACGGCCUUCUCCCGUGCCCAACACCCUGAUCGAGUGAUCAUCGGAGUGGUGGACCAGACCCAAGACGACGACACAACCUGCCUCGACGAGUACUGCAAGUUGGCCGAAGCGUCCGGCUGGAACGAGUGCAAGUUCAAGUCCCAAGUUCGCGUGGACGCGCGCGAUUCCCGUGAGUCCAAAGGACCGACGCUGGCGCGAUGGCAGCAACAGCAGUUGAUCAAAAACGAGGAGUUUUGCCUUCAAAUCGACUCGCACAGCCAGUUCCUCCAGGACUGGGACACGCUCAUGGUCGACGAAUGGCUCAAAACGGACAACGAGAUGGCCGUGAUGACGUCGUACCCGAUGAACUAUGGAUUCAUGGGGCCAGGACACACUCGCCCAGACCAUUACGCGUCUCACUUGUGCACGUACAACAAGCGCCACAACACCCAUGACGUGCCCAUCAUCGGCGGGUACCUCCUCGUGGACGACCACAACGCCCCGCUCAUGUCGGCUCUAUGGGGGGGCUGCUUGUCCUUUAGCAAGUGCCACGCCGAACGCCGUGCCCCCAACGACAAGCACAUGAACUGGGUGUUCUGGGGCGAAGAGUACCUCCGCAGCAUGCAGCUGUGGACCCGCGGCUACGAUCUGUACUCGCCGUCCAAGUAUGGUAGUGUGGUGUUUCACAACUGGUCGGAUGACAAGGGUAUGAAGAAGCGGUUCUCGGACAACGUAACCCAAGUCAUGACGAAAGAGCAACAUGACAAGGAAGAAGAGCUCGCGUACAAUCGACUGCGCAUGGUGCUAACGUUGCCCUUUGACGGCCCCGUCGACGCCCAAGAAAUCGACAAGUACCACGGCGGCAAAGUGCGGUCGGUGGAGCAAUUUCUGAGGUUUUCAGGCAUUUCUAACGUCGAUUCAAACCUCGAUGAGUACCGAUGUGAGCAACUCCACUGGGUGCCGUACGCUGUGCCAGAAAUCAUCGAAGAGUUUUUGCCGGGGUAUAAGAUGCGGCCAAUGCCAGUAGUAAGACAAGUCGACCAAGAACGAAUGCAAGACCAAUGGAGCCAACUUGUCAAUGGAUCGUGGCGUGGCGAAGAGAAGCAACUGCUGGUGCAACUGCUAGCGCAACUGGAAGCGAUCAAGCAACCUUCGGCCGACCAAGCCCAACACCUGCGGGAGAUGCGGCAUCAACUGGGCCAGCUGACUCAGCCCCACCAAGGACUGUGGCCGUUGGCGUUUGUGUGGCUGGGGCUGAUUUCAGUGUGGUUGGUCUUCAAUCGAAGGCGCACUGCGUGAUUGAUCAGCAAUCGUUGGCUUCUUGGACGAGUUCUUUAGACUAGGACGCGAUUAAGUAAAGUGGAAAGGAACUACUACUACACUGUAUAGUGUGCUACUACUA